GUUUUUUUUGUAACCAAGCUAUCCAUUGCUCCCUCAUAUAUUUUUUUUUGCAACCACAAAAAACAAACUUAUUUUAUUUAACAAAUCCAUGCUCUUGACACAAAAAAGAAUAUUAAAACAAGCAUGCUUUUAAAACUCAGUACAUUUAUCAGCAGCCUUCUGUUGGUGCUGCCUAUUUUCAGCGCUGCCAAGGUUGUAUUCAAGCGGUCUAUUAGCCAAGCCGCCCAGGAGCACCUCGGGCGGGUGAUCGGGGGCAGCGACGCAUCCCAGGGGGAGUUCCCCUUUGCUGCAUUCCUUAUAGUAGACGAGGGCGACCAAACAGCGUUCUGUGGCGGAACUAUCAUCGACAAGCAAUGGAUCCUUACUGCUGGCCACUGUGUCGUCGACGCAUCGUCUGGGGGAAACAGCCUCAAUGUCAGCAUCCCGCUAAUUGCAGGCACCAAGGGAUUGCACAACGCAACCAUCGUGCGCAACCACCUAUGGCCCAACCGCAGAUCACUGCAAGGUCGCAAGUACAAUACAGUUAGCGCCAAAAACAUCGUCGUCGGUGUUGGAAACGUCUACAACGCAGACAGUUCUCCAUAUAAAGUCAGCAAAGUGCACGUGCACCCUGACCUCAACCUAGACUACUUUGACAACGACAUUGCGCUGCUCAAACUCAAGACUAAGCUGAAAUUCAGCGACACUGUGCAGCCGAUUCGUAUCGACACAGGGUCGAUAAGCGAUGGGAUGACGGUGACGGGAAUUGGAUGGGGAAUGACUAGCUUGCACCAUCAUGUGACAGCCGAUGUCCUGCAGGCUGUUAACCUGCAGAUCGGCAACCAGGCGCUGUGCCACCGCAUUCGUCCAACAUUUGACAGUAACGAUGGGAACUAUAUUUGCGUAACCACGCCUGAUGGCCGUGACACUUGCUCGGGGGAUAGCGGCGGCCCACUGCUGCGUCGGUGCAGCAGUAACUUGGCUUCAAGCGGGACCAUGGGGGAGGGCCCUUGGUUGCAGCUGGGCAUCACCAGCUACGGCGAUAACUCUGAGCUGUCAGACGAUACUGUGUGCGCAGCCACUAAUGGCGCCGGGUUCUACACACAUGUGGCUACGUACCUGGACUAUAUCGCAAAGACCACGGGCAUUAAGCGCGAGGACUUGGCGGCGUCGUGUAACGGCAACCAAAUCGCGUAUAACGCUAGAUCUAAUGCUGCAGUGUCGGCGGCGCAGAUGAGCUACUUUCCGACAAUCUCUGUUCUGCUUGCGGCCAUGUCACUGCUUGCAAAGUGAAGCAGUGUUAUACAUUUUAUCCUCCCUUUCCCCAAAUGGUGGGUUCAUUUGAAUAAUGCUACUAUAACCUUUAUCCAUCUUUUCACUUUACUUUCUCAAUUUUUAUAAUAA